AUGGUCACUUUGAGGAUAUUACUUCUUUUUCUUCUUACAAGCAUUCAAAUUUAUCAUGCAUAUUCCAAUGAUCGCAAGACUUAUAUUGUCUACAUGGGUGAUCAUCCCAAGGGCAUUGAUCCAGCCACUUUACCUUCUCUUCAUUCUACAAUGGCUCAAAAUGUCCUUCGCAGUGAUUUUGAACCAGGAGCUGUACUUCAUAGCUACAAGAAGAGCUUUAAUGGAUUCGUUGUAAAAUUGACCGAAGAUGAAGCAGAAACAUUGGCCGAAAUGGAGAAUGUGGUGUCAGUUUUUCCAAACACAAAGCUUUAUCCUAGCACCACAAAAUCGUGGGACUUCAUAGGCCUCCCACAAAAUAUCAAAAGACUGAGUUUGGAGAGUGACAUAAUUGUUGGAGUAUUAGACUCUGGAAUUUGGCCCAAGUCAAAGAGCUUUAGUGAUGAAGGAUUUGGUCCACCACCAAAAAAAUGGAAGGGAUCAUGCCACAACUUCACUUGCAACAACAAAAUAAUUGGUGCACAAUACUUUAAUAUCAAAGAUUCCUAUACCAAAAAAGACAUCAAAGAUCCAACAGAUGUAAAUGGUCAUGGGACACAUUGUGCAUCCACGGUUGCUGGAAACGUGGUUAAUCCUGUGAGCCUACAAGGCUAUGCGUCAGGAACCGCGCGUGGAGGAGUUCCCUCAGCACGCAUUGCUGUGUACAAAGUAUGUUGGGAAACAGGUUGUGAUGACGCUGGUAUCUUGGCAGCAUUUGAUGAGGCAAUCGCGGAUGGAGUUGAUGUUAUAUCUGUUUCUAUUGGAUCAAAUCAAGUUGUAGUAGUUCCAUAUUUUCAACAUUCAAUCGACAUUGGAAGUUUCCAUGCAAUGAAAAGAGGCAUAUUUACGUCGAAUUCUGCUAAUAAUCUUGGCCCAAAUCUCUUCACCAUGACAAAUUUUGCACCUUGGUUACUUUCUGUUGCUGCUAGCACUUUUGGAAGAAAGUUCGUUACAAAUGUGCAAUUGGGAAAUGGCGCCAUUUACGAGGGAUCCACGAUUAACACAUUUGAUCUCAAAAACAAAAUGUUUCCAUUAAUUUUCGCUGGAGAUAUACCCAAUACUGCCGGUGGAUUCAACAGUUCUGUAUCUAGUUUUUGUGUCAAGGAUUCAGUUGAUAAAGAUGCAGUAAAGGGAAAGAUAGUUUUAUGCGGAGGCAUACAGAUUCCUACGGAUGUCGGGUUUUUCUCGGGUGCUGCUGGUGUAAUAUUUGGAUAUGUUUCUGCAAAAGAUUUGCCAAAUACAUAUGCUUUACCAGCCACAUUCCUUAGUCUAUCGAACCUAAUAGAAAUACAACAUUACAUGAAAUCAACAAGAAAUCCCACUGCCACAAUAUUUAAGAGUGAAGAAGUCGAAGAUUUGUUGUCCCCAUAUGUAGCUUCAUUUUCAUCAAGAGGUCCAAAUCCAAUUACUCCAAAUAUUCUCAAGCCUGACAUCGCUGCCCCAGGAGUUAACGUUAUAGCUGCAUGGACUCCGCUUAACCCAAUUUCAGAAUUUGAAGAUGACAAAAGAAGAUUACCAUAUAAUAUUAUUUCUGGGACAUCAAUGGCAUGCCCUCAUGCAGCUGCAGUAGCUGCCUAUGUUAAAUCAUUUCAUCCGAAUUGGUCUCCAGCUAUGAUCAAGUCUGCAAUCAUGACUACUGCAACUCAAAUGAGCUCUGAUAUAAAUGCUGAAGCUGAAUUUGCAUAUGGUGCGGGGCUUAUUAAUCCUGUCAAGGCCAAAAAUCCAGGUUUAGUAUAUGAUAUUAGUGAAGCGGAUUAUGUUGAGUUUUUUUGCGGAGAAGGAUAUGCAUCAAAACAACUACAAAGUCUUACUCAAGAUAAGAGUAAGUGCAAGGGAAAAGAUAAUGAGAAGGCUGUAUACAACUUGAAUCUGCCAUCAUUUGCACUUAAUGUAAACGGAACAUUUCUAGAACAUGUUUACCAUAGAACGGUAACAAAUGUGGGAUCAGCAAAAUCUAGUUAUAAAGCAAGAGUAAUAUCAUCACCUUUGUUGGAAAUUCAAGUGAAACCCGAUGUUCUGUCUUUCACAUCUAUAGGACAGAAAAAAUCAUUCUCGCUCACAAUUGAAGGGAAUAUUAAUGUGGAAGUAAUAUCAGCUUCUUUGAUUUGGGAUGAUGGCAAUCAUCAAGUUAGAAGCCCUAUUGUUGUGUAUCGGAACCAAGCAUGA